GCGCCUUCGUGUCUAAUUGUUCGGAGGCUCGGUCCGGCCCGGUGAGGCUCGUCCGACGGUCUUACUGCUGGGCCGAGCUCGGCCUCCACGAAAACAAAAAUCUAAGGCCUCUUCCGAUCGAACUUUUUAUGGGCCAAACAGUUUUGCUUCUCCGUCGGCAAUGGGUCUCCUGAGCUCGUACUCCCUCCCGGCAGCUCCUCCCCUCUCCGAAACCCUAGAAAAAUCUAGGGUUAGGGUUUCUUCCGCCUUCCUAUCUACAGUCUCUAAUCCAUCCCUUCGCCUAUUCGCGUCUUUGCGGUUCUUGGCGCGAGCUCCAACCCCUAUGGCUGCUCUCCCUCCUCAUGGCGUCGGAGAAAACAAUUCUCCCAUCGCCACCAUCGGCUCAUCAUCUCGAGCUGGAGAGGUCAAAAGGGUGACAAAGGAGACAAAUGUGCAUGUGAAAUUGAACUUGGAUGGCUCAGGAGUCGCGGAGUGUGGAACUGGGAUUCCAUUCCUAGAUCACAUGCUGGAUCAACUGGCAUCACAUGGACUAUUUGAUCUGCAUGUGAAGGCAUCUGGUGACACCCAUAUUGAUGAUCAUCAUACAAAUGAAGAUGUUGCACUUGCAAUUGGCACGGCACUACUUCAGUCACUUGGAGAUAGAAAAGGAAUCAACCGAUUUGGACACUUUUCAGCUCCUCUUGAUGAAGCUGCUAUUGAAGUUAUACUGGAUCUAUCUGGCCGUCCUCACUUAAGUUGUGAUUUAAGCAUCCCAACUGAAAGGGUUGGGACAUAUGACACACAGCUAGUGGAACAUUUCUUUCAGUCUCUGGUGAACACAUCUGGGAUGACUCUUCACAUUCGUCAGCUUGCUGGUAAAAAUUCACACCAUAUUAUUGAGGCAACUUUCAAGGCUUUCGCAAGAGCCCUUCGACAAGCAACAGAAUUUGACUUGCGCCGUCGUGGGACUGUGCCUAGCUCAAAAGGGGUUCUUUCACGUUCCUAGAGGUCCCAAAAUGAUUUUUUCAGGAAUAUAAUAUAUGCCUUGACAUUUAAUGUGGCCUGCCGUCUGUGCAUUUGGUUUCUGACUAGAGAGAAGAAAAGAAGACGUGUGGGCUACCUGUUUCAGUUGUAUCGGUCCUCUCCAGCAAUUGAUGCCAAUUUUUUUCUUCCAAGAACUAGUGCGUGUGGCAUGAGGAGCAACGAGGAUUCGGAACAUGACAUUAUGAUAUGCCAAAGCUGUUAUAAGUAAACGGAUUUUUUAUGGCACAAUUAAUGCGUUAAAUUAUAUUGCAAUAGCCUUGUUUUAUAACAUUGUCAUGAAAUAUCCGGAAUUCUUGUAAAUCUUAGUACAGGCAUUUCGUUGAUUAUGUCUCUGAAGAUAUAAAAAUAGUUCAUGACGCUUUUGUAUCAUUUCAAGUUUACUAUGACAAAAGGUGAAAAAUCCUGUUCUGGCUA